AAACUAGUUUUGCUUCUUUCCUUUGCAAACAUAGUCUUCUGAGAAACCACCUGUGUGAAUCGAGAUUGAGUGAAAUGGCAGCCUUUGGAGCUCUAGUUUCUGUUAUGCAUAUUAUUGAUCAAAUCCAAACACAUCCAUGCCCUCCUAUUUCCAUUGACCAAAUACAGGUUGAAUGUCUCACUAAAGUAAUUACUUCCUUGCAAAAAUUUCUUGAAAGUUAUUCUCCCCACAGUGGCUACACUAAAGAAGAAGAUGUCUGGGAGAGUCGCAUUGCUGAAACGGCUUACGAUGCUGAAGAUGUGAUCGAGUCCUACAUUGUCGAUCAAAUUCAUGCUCGAUCAGAAACUGAUGUAGAAAACAUAAGCUCGGCUGAAUUCUAUCAAGGUCUGGAGAAGGUGAUAGAAAACAUGAAUUUGAUCAAGAGUGAGAUUGAAGAAAAGAUGGUUAUAGUUCAAGAUCAACCGAACAUCAUGAAGUCUGUGAGUACUGCUGCUGCUGCAGGCUCGUCUAGAUCUGCUUCCACUACUGCUAAUGACGUUGCAAUGGUUGGUUUUGAUGAAGUCUUGGAUCAAAUGCUGGACAAGAUCACUGGAGGGGGACAAGAUCGCCAAAUUCUCCCGAUUGUUGGAAUGGGUGGGAUAGGUAAGACCACUCUUGCUCGGAAUAUCUAUGUAAGUCCACUUGUCCAGGAGUCUUUUGAUGUUUUUGCAUGGACUACAAUUUCUCAAGAGUAUAAUGCAAAAGAAAUUCUUAGACAAGUUCAUGAUCAAGUAGUCAAGGGGAAGGGGGAUGGUUUAAGUGAAUAUGAGUUAGGAGAUUAUUUGUACAAGUAUUUGUUUGGAAGGAAGUAUUUUAUUGUAAUGGAUGAUAUGUGGAACAUAGAGGCAUGGGAUCGAGUUAGGAGCUUCUUCCCGGAUAAUAGAAACGGGAGUAGAAUUGUAGUGACAACAAGGCUAUCAAACUUGGCAUCUCAAUUUAACUAUUCCAAUGGUCUUGAUUUGAAUUUUUUGGAUGAGAACACUAGUUGGGAACUAUUUUGCAAAAUUGUGUUCGGGGAAGAAACUUGCCCUCUUGAGUUGGAGGACGUUGGGAAAAAAAUUGUGCAAGGUUGUAAGGGACUUCCACUGUCAAUUGCUGUGAUAGGGGGGCUUAUAGCAAAACCUGUACGAACAAAAGAAAGUUGGGGAUCUUUUGAAAAAAAUUUAAGUUCAAUUGUAAAUUUGAAGGAUGACGAAAAUUGCUUGCAGGUAUUAUACAUGAGUUAUAAUAAUUUGCCAGUUCAUCUAAAACCAUGUUUUCUCUAUUUCGGAAGAUAUGGUGAAGAUGAAGUGAUUCGAGUAUCUGAACUCAUCCUAUAUUUGGAUGCUGAGGGAUUCAUAAAACCAAUUAAUGGGAAAAGUUUGGAAGAGGUAGCAGAAAAGUACGUAGAGGAACUUGUUGAUGGAAAUCUUCUUAUAGUUGAAAAGCGCAGGCAUUGUGGGAAACUAAAAUCAUUGAAAAUGCAUGACCUGUUGAGGGAUGUGUGUUUGAGAGAAGCUCGAAAAUUGAAGUUUCUAUAUGUGGUUGAAACGAAGAGUGAUCCAAAAGGCAUAUAUCUUUAUCGCCGUAUUGUAGACAGGUUAAAUAAAUGGGAAUCUCCAAUUCAAUCUCUGAAAUCCACAGCACCUGUCCGUUCAUUCUUUGGGCGUUGGUCAAAUAACUUUGGGUUGUUGAGGGUAUCCGAGUUUGAAGUAGAAGAUUGGGAAGAAUAUGAGAAGACGUCUGUUAAGCGAGUUAACUCGCGUCUUCUUUUAAUUUCUUCUCCUUGUGGUUAUUUCGGUAACUAUUCUCCCGUUUCUUAUCUCUGGAAUUUGCAGACAAUGAUUAUACAUUGCAAGUUUUGUGUUUUCGAUAUUUGGAAGAUGCCUCAAGUUAGGCAUGUCAGAGUCUCCUACUGGCCCGAGAGUGGUACAAUUUCUGUCCCCGAUCCUCUCAGUGACGAUGAGGAUAUGGAAAACCUACAGUCACUUCACACUGUGGACAACUUCAAGUUCAGUGCGGGGGUGCUUAAGAGAAUCCUCAAUAUCAAAAUAUUGAAGUUGCGCUAUCAAGACAUCACAGGAAUAGAAGGAGAAUAUUACCAACUCAACAGUAUUUGUUGCCUCCACAAGCUCGAAUAUCUUGGCCUUAUGUGUACCAGAAGCUACAGGCAUUGGGUGCGAGAAAUGAGCUUUCCAGAUUCGCUCAAGAAGUUGACAUUGCAAUGUACCUAUCUUCAUUGGAAAGACAUGAAGACAAAAAUAGGUUCGUUGCCCCAUCUUCAAGUUCUCAAGUUGAGACAAGGUUCCUUUAUUGGGUCUGAGUGGGAGACAUUGGAAGACCAAUUCUUGAAUCUCAAGUUCCUGCUGAUUGAAAGAUUGGAUCUAGAGUGUUGGAUCACUGAAAGCGUCCACUUUCCAUGCCUUGAGCACCUUCAUCUUCGCUAUGUAGAAAGGUUGAGGGAAAUUCCUUCAUGCAUCGGAGACAUACCAACACUUCACUCAAUUAAGUUGUUAUGUUGUAGUAAUUCUGUGGUGGAUUCAGCUCGGAAAAUUAUAGAGGAGCAAGAGGAACUCGGCAAUGAAGACCUUCAAAUAUCGACCUUCGAAUAUUCCAGGGUAAUAGUUCCAACGUCUUGUCCUUGAUGAUUAUUUUACUAAGCUUUUUUACUUUGAUGAGAGUUCUCAAUGAAUGUGUCUUGCUACAUAAAUGAAGUGUUGGAAAGAAUCAAUUAAAAGGAGAAGAAGAUUGGUGGAGAUCACGGAUGAUUGAUUGAGAUCACGAAAUUAAGGGAAUUGAUAUAUUUUCCUUUUAGUAUCUAGGGCAAAUCUUGUCAAGUAUAUACCAUUUUCUAGCCUAUAAAAUGGCAGUGUAUAUUAUAAUGAAAGGCAGACAAGUUGAAUGAAUAAACACAGAUCUUUCAACAUGGUAUCAGAGCAAAGGCUCAUAACAAAAUCAUCAUAGCCCUUAUACCUGUCCCGACCUUGAAGGCGGACCUUUCCCGACCUAGAAGGCGGCGAAUUCCAACCUGCGAAAAUGUCGGACGACGAGGAGAAACCAAACAUGGAGGAUGCACGAUUAAAGAUGAGGAGACCCGAUACACCACAGCAACGCCCAAAUCACCAGCCACCACCAUCAAGAACCACCACACAACCGCCCAACCGCCGCGAAUUCAAACUCGACAAAUCAAAGAUGUGGUGCUCACACUGCGGAAAGAACAAGCAUACAAGAGAAACAUGCUUCCUCCUAAUCGGAUUUCCGGAGUGGUGGGACGGGAAUCAAAAGGAUAAAGCCCGACUUGCAAUCGGAGUUGAGGACGGAGGCGGGCUGUUCCCGCAAGGAGCGGGCAACCGGGAGGUCGCCGUCUCCCGUGGAAGAGUAGGGGACGCCGGCCAGCAGCAAGGUGGAGGCGG